AUGCUCAGCUUCUUUGGAAACAAGUCCAGCCCUUCUGAGGCAGCCAAGAACGUACCACGAGCUCUCCCAUCGUCGUGGUAUCGUUCUGCUCCCUUGUAUGAAUUAGAGAGGCGGGCCAUCUUCUCACAGAGAUGGAUUCUGACAACCCACCGCUCUCGAUUUUCACAGCCGGGAGACUUUGUCCGUUAUGAGGUUGCAGGGUUUCCAUUCUUUCUCUGCCUUGACCGUCAAGGUGUUCUGAAUGGUUUCCAUAAUAUAUGCCGUCAUAGAGCGUUCCCCGUGGUGACAAAGCCAGAGGGCUCUGCCAGUGUUUUAUCUUGCAAAUAUCAUGGUUGGUCCUAUGGUUUGUCUGGGAAACUUGCCAAGGCACCCCGUUUUGAGACAAUGCCAGACUUCGACAAGGAAGGCAACUCACUAUUCAAGAUUCACGUUCAUAUUGACUCUCGCGGGUUUGUCUGGGUGAACCUUGAUGCCGACAAUAAACCGUCCAUCCCCUGGGCCCAAGAUUUCAAUGAAACAGACAGACAGCCAAGGUUAGAUAUAUUUAAUAUGGACGAUUUCAAAUUCGAUCAUGCAUGGGACAUGAAGGGCGACUACAACUGGAAGACGCUGAUAGACAAUUAUAACGAGUGCUACCAUUGCAGCGUCGCGCAUCCCGGAAUUGCGGCCAUGACUGACCUCAAGACAUACAAUGUCGAGACGGUGGGUGGCCAAGUACGGCAUUUUGCUAAAGACAAGCCCGGGAUGGACUCUGGACUGGAAGUUGCACCCACAUUCAUGUUUCCGAACGCCUCUAUUACGAUGACAACCAAGUACUUCUACCUAAUGAGGGUAGUCCCUGUCUCACCAAACGAAACCUCAAUGCAGUACGAAGUAUACCGCCACAAGGACGCUACAGAUGAGGAGUUCGAAGAAGUAGACAAGUUCUUCAAGCAGGUAGAGUCUGAGGAUAAGGCUCUCUGCAAUGCGGCGCAAAAGAACCUAAAUAGCGGGACGUACAUCACCGGUGAUCUGCAUUCUUUCAACGAGAAGGGCGUAUUGCAUUUCCAGCAGCAUCUGAAGAAAAUACUCAUUGCCCAUCACGAGAAAGAGGAGCGGGAAGGUGGUGAGAUUUGGCCGGCAAGGCAGAGAGUCAUUCGCAAUGGGCUUGAUGAAGAGAUUAAGUUUUGCGAGGGACUUGCUUGCGGCGCAGAUGGGAAGAAGAUUGAAUGGUGA